AUGGCGAUCGAAAAAUGGAAGUAUUUUUGUUUUGUGUUUAUUUUUAUGAUUUUAUCGUCGACACAUGGAAAGAACACCAGAUUUGGCCAGAGAGCAGACAGUUUAUUCUUUCCAGCCGAAUCUGACAGCUCUGUAUGGACAUUACAGAUUGACAGUGUCGAAGAGGAUGAAGUCGAUCGUAUGCUUAAGCGUUACGCACGAUCGCCGACGGCAACUGACGCCCCUCCGAAGACGAACCGUAGCGUAUCAGAGUUUCAUCUGAAUGACAACCACACAACAUUGAUCGUUCACUGGGCGGGUAAAGGAAGUGAUGUCAUCCUAGCGUUGUCGAAGAACGGUUUGAAAGGGUCAGAUAGCAAUGUCUUCAUCUCCAGGAACUACGGAAAGGCGUUCACGAAAAUUAACGACAAGUUCCAACUGAGGAAUGGGGCCAACGCCGUGAUAGACAGAUACUACAACAUGAAACAGUACAACAGUCACUACGUGUUCACGGACAUCAUCAACCAGUGCGUCUUCACGACGCGGGACUUCGCCAUGUCGGUGACAGCCUACUGUAACCUGCCGUUCAAACCGAGAACCAUUUCCAUACACGAGAUGAACCCUAGCAUCAUACUUGCCAUGGAUGAGGAGAGCGUCAACAAACAGCUGUAUAUAUCUGAAAAUUUUGGAUUUUCUUGGCGUCCAAUUCAUGACCAUGUAAAGGCCUUUUUUUGGGGAGUUGUGCCUUAUGACAACAACACUGACAUUUACCUGGAAGAGAUUCGCGGCUCGUUCGGAAACCGUGUAUGGAAGAGUAACGAUUAUUUCCGAUCAACGAGAAACAAGGUACAGCUCAUUUCGGGAGUGCGCGACUUCCAGGUGAAGGACCAGUAUCUGUUUGCAACAAAACACGUCCAUUUGCUGGGGCCUCGAAUUCAAAGUGCCACCACUCAGCUCUGGGUAUCGUAUAACAGAAAGAAAUUUCGUAAAGCUGAAUUUCCGUCCCACAUGCAUCAAGAGGAGUUUUACAUUGCUGAUGCAUCUGAGUCGCAGGUGAUGGCGUGCGUCAAUCACAACCGAACCGUGACUCAUCUGUACGUGUCGGAGGUGCAGGGACUCAAGUUCUCAUUGUCACUCGAGCGUGUCGUGUACUUCAACCCAAGGGGAGCGAACAAUGACACGUGGCUCAGGUACUAUGCCAAUGUGACGUUUGCCGACAUCCACAAGGUUGACGGUAUGCGGGGGAUCUACAUUGCGUCCCAGGUGAUUAACGGGACAUUUGACGUGAACCAUCAGCGCAGCCUGAUCACAUUCGACAAGGGAGGCGAGUGGAGGCUGCUCCGGGCUCCGGAUUACGACAGCGCUGGCCGCCGGACCAACUGUUCACUGGGACAGGUGGCGCAGUGGUCUAAAGAUAAGGUGAACAGCUGCUCCCUGCACGUCACCCAGAUGCUCAACCAGUUCUACCCUGGCAGUCGGUCCGUCCCCAUACUGUCACGCAGGUCUGCCCCUGGGAUUAUCCUAGCCUCGGGUGUCAUAGGGAAGAACAUCAAAAGCAACCCCGACGUCUUUGUGUCGACGAACGCUGGAAUAUCUUGGCAUCAGGUUCUCGAUGGAAACUACAUGUACACGUUUGCCGACCACGGCGGCAUCAUCGUAGCGGUCAAACAGUUUGCCUCCACAGACACCAUUUUUGUGUCAUACGAUGAAGGAAAGUUGUGGGAAAAAGUCAAAUUUUCACAUGUGAAAAUCCGAGUGUACGGCAUCCUCACAGAACCAGGGGAGACAACUAGCAUCUUCUCCAUAUUUGGCUCGCACCUCGGCCGUCACAGCUGGAUCAUCAGCCAGAUUGAUCUGCGGCCAAGUUAG